AUGGGCGCUGGACAGUCUACUUCUCAAUCACACGUACCGACACGCGGUCUCCACGUACUCAGAGUUACCCCUUCCUCUCCAGCCUUCCACUCAAACAUUGAACCCUUUUUCGAUUUUGUAGUCGGGUUCGAAGGGGACUCACUAUCAGAAGAAAAUGCUAUCGAUGCCUCAGAGCUGGAGAGAAUCGUCGAAAGUCACGAAAACCGGACUUUGAAUCUGCUCGUCUGGAACAGCAAGAGUCAACUUACAAGAGGCCUCAGUAUGCGCCUAUGCCAACCAGAGACGGCAUCUGACAAUGUAUGGCACGUACUAGACGUCAUAGAAGGAAGUCCAGCGGAAAGUGCUGGCCUUGUGCCAAUGGGCGAUUGGAUACUUGGCUGGUCUGGAGGUGUAUUGACCGCUGAAAAUGACUUCUAUGAUCUUGUUGAAGCCCACAUCGACAAACCCCUUCGAGUUUACGUCUACUCGUACGAUUUUGAGAUACCACCUCAACCUGAAGAUCGCGUCCCUGGCACAAUACCCCCAGAGCUCCAAGAAAUGGGGGAUGAAUACGGCCACCAGGAUCUGUUCGUGCCCGCGGAUAUUGACGAAAGUCAGCACACGCAGGGCCGCAUUGCAAAUCGGCAACACAAUUCAUGGUACCAAGAUUCUAUACCCAAGUCAAACGAUGCCCAUGGAGAAACUCGGGCUGUUCACAAGCAACACUCUCAUGAUCAUGGAGGCUCCAGCCUUCAAUAG